AUGAAAGUAUAUUAUUCCGAUAUCUGUUUAAAGCAUGCUCCAAAAUAUGAAAUUUUAUCCGGAAAAUUUGUUGAAUACUUUGAAAGUCCAUCCCGUCUCUCAAUUAUUGUAGACCGAUUACGAACUCAAAAUUCAUCUCAGCACUUUGAAUUUUUAUGCCCUUCAGAUCAUGGUCUUGAUGCUAUUCUAGCAAUUCACAAUGUUGAUUAUAUAGAAUAUCUAAAGUCAGCUUAUGAGGAAUGGUGUAAGGAAGGUGGUAAUAGAGAUGGGGUAAUACCGGAAGCAUUUCCUCAUAGUGGGUUUAUUAGUACUAGUCGAGACAAGAUUAAGAACGCCAAAUCAUCACUUGCUAAGGCCGGAUUAUAUUGUUUCGAUCUAUCAUGCUGUAUAACAGAAGGAACUUGGGAAGCAAUCUAUGAAUCUGCGCAGAUUGGUAUUAGUGCUGCUAAGGAACUUAUCAAACUUAAUAACGAAUCUGUUCAUAAUAAAGGUCAUCCAAUUGGUGUAUUCGCUCUUUGUCGCCCACCUGGCCAUCAUGCAAGUUCAAAUAUCAGUGGUGGAGGAUGUUUUCUUAAUAAUGCUGCUAUCGCUGCUAAACUAUUGAUCGAUGAUCUUGAUUCUAAUGGAAAUGCUAGAAAAGUCAUCAUAUUGGAUAUCGACUAUCAUCAUGGAAAUGGAACACAAGACAUUUUUUAUACUCAAUCAAAUCCUUUAUAUGUUUCAUUACAUGCAUCAAAUGAUUAUCCAUGGUUUACUGGCGAAACAACAGAAAUUGGUGAAGGUGAAGGUGAAGGUUAUAAUGUUAAUAUUCCAUUACCAAAAGAAACUAGUGAUGAAGCAUAUUGUAAGGUGUUAGAAAAAGUCAUUAAAGAAAAGAUUACUUCUUAUGAGGCUUAUUAUCUAAUUGUUUCUCUGGGUGUUGACACGUACAAAGAUGAUCCAAUUGCGGGAUUUCAAGUUACAGCAGAUGCAUAUAAACAAGUUGGAAGAAUAAUUAAAUCAAUAGAGUUACCAACACUUUUUGUAAUGGAAGGCGGAUAUCAUAUGGAAACUUUGGGAAUUAAUGUUUCUAAUGUGUUGUUAGGAUUUCUUGAUUGCUAA